UUUAAAGCCGCAUAACCAAAAUCCAAAGAAACAGUCGCAGACACAGAAAAGCAGCAAAAUGAGACUCAUCCACUGAAACCUUUUUUUCUCCUCUUGUGACUCACGAGACAUCACACAAACUAUAUAUAUAUACUAUAUGAUACCCUCAAGAAACCAAAAAAAAGAAAGAAAACUCACGGGAAAAACAAGAAAAGGAAAGCAAAAAAGGGGAGAGAAUUAAUGGAGAAGAGCACAGGAAAGUUAAAGAAAAGUGGUGGGGGAAAUGGAGAGGUUGUAGAUGGUUCGGAUAUAAUGGAGUUGGUUGGGAAUGAGAAGGUGUUUAUGAGUUUUGUGGAUCAUAAGUUUGAAGAGCUUGACAGAGAUAAAGACGGUCAUCUCUCUGUCAAAGAACUUGAGCCUGCUGUUGCUGAUAUUGGUGCUGCUCUUGGUUUGCCUGCUAAAGGUUCUUCUCCGGAUUCUGAUCACAUCUAUUCUGAGGUUCUUAAGGAAUUCACGCAUGGAAAGCAAGAGAGAGUGAGCAAGAUUGAGUUUAAAGAGGUUCUUUCAGAUAUAUUGCUAGGAAUGGCUGCAGGUUUGAAGCGAGAUCCUAUUGUCAUCCUUCGUAUGGAAGGCGACGAUCUGUUAGAGUUCGUCAAUGGACCGAGUUAUGAAGCUGAAAUGGUUUCCAUAUUCUCAGAGCUAGAAUUACCCAAUGCAUCACUCCAUCACUACAUCGCUAAGGCUUUCGAGAAGCUUACUGUUGAUCAAGGGAUGCCUCCGUCUUCCGAUCCUUGGGUAAUGACUAAUAUUGUGGAGGCAGCCCUGCAAUGUUAUGGAGGAGAAAAUGAUGAUGAUAAAGCAGUUUCUCAAGAAAUAUUUUUGGCGGAGUUGAAGGAAGUAGCAGAAUUUGUGGCCAAGCGUCUCAAAGAACAGCCUGUUAUUGUUGCUCAUAGUGAAAAUACAUUUGAUGGAAGUGGCAUUGAGAGGCUACUCAGUAACAAAUUUGAAUUAGAUAAGACACUAAAUACAGCUAUAGAAAGUUUGCCAAAAGAUCGCAAUGUGAAACUGUCUAAGGAGUUCUUAAGAUUGGCAUUAGAUGCUAUUGCUCCAUCAGCUGGUCUACCUCCAAUUGGUGCUGUUGUUGAGAUAGACGCGGUAGUAGGGGAAGUGUUUAAGAUGAUAAAUGCAGAUGAUGGGAAGCUGGUUAGAGAAGAAGAAUUCAAGAAGUUAAUGACUGAAAUAUUGGCAAGUAUAAUGUUGCAAUUACAAGGAAAUCCCAUCACAGUUUCUACAAAUUCUGUUGUGCAUGAGCCUCUUGCCUCCUCCUCUACACUUCUGCAGCCUUCUUCUUAAUUAGUUACGUUUAAAUAUGAUAUAUUAUUAUGUAUUAUAUGUGCUUUAAAUAUAUCAACAAAAAAAUAAAGGCAAUCUUAACAUAUAAAAUAAUAAUUGAAUUUGAUGUUAAUAAGAUGGAUAAGUACGUAUGUA